GACGGUCAGCGUCGCAGCAGCCGGCCGGUCCAGCUGCACUCGGGACCCGACUUUGUUGACCGAGGACGCGGGCGGAUAGUGUUGCAAAGAUGACGGCCGAGUUCUGGGACCCGUGAAGACUUUGCAGGAGGAGAGAUGGCAGUGCACGUUUUCAAAUGCCUGCGCCGGCCCGGGCGCUAAGAGCAAUCAAACAGUGUAGGGUCGCCCAGCGUUUUGACAGGAGCGUUAUGGAAUAUGAAGAGCCCGACUUGCCUCCCGCUGACCCCCUCAGCAAAAAAGGAGGUGCCGUGUCCAAGAAGACUCAUUUGAUGAUUCCUGGUAACUCAUUUGAUGUUUAUUCUCAUGCCCAGAUUGAAGUUAUCCCAUGCAAGAUUUGUGGAGAUAAGUCCUCUGGAGUGCAUUAUGGAGUCAUCACAUGUGAGGGCUGCAAGGGAUUUUUCCGGCGCAGUCAACUUCCCACUGUAUCGUACUCCUGCUCGAGGCAAAGUAACUGUCAGAUCGACCGGGCCAGCCGCAACCGCUGUCAGCACUGCCGUCUACAGAAGUGCUUGGCGCAGGGCAUGAGCAGAGAUGCUGUGAAGUUUGGGCGGAUGUCCAAACGUCAACGGGACUCGCUGAUCGCCGAGGUGGAGAGGCACCGACAGCAGCAGCAGCAGCAACAGCAGCUUCAGGGAGACACUCAGGUUGCAUUGUCCUAUUCCACCAAGAAUGGUCAAAACCGCUCCCCCCAGCUUCUCCAGCCCGUGCCCACACCCUACUCCUACACCGGAGAUGCCGAGCUGCUGCCCUACGCCGCCGAUGUUCACCCUUUCCUUGUGUGCUCCCCUAACGAUUCACAAGUGUCUGGAAUGAUCUACAGAGGCACCGGUGUGUCUCCCACAUCAAGAGUCCAAGGGAGGGGAGACCAUAGCGGACUCUCUGAUGUAAGAGGAUUUGACUCCCGACAGCAGUCUCAUGAUCUGAUAGGAAUUCAUCCUUACAACCCUCUGGAGGAUCAUUACAACCCGUACCCUCAUUCUUUGCGAAAUAUAGAGGAGCUGUGUGUCAGUAUUGUGCGGUCCCACAGAGACACCAGCCAGUACAGACUGGAGGAGCUUCUAACUCUCAAGUGGAAACUGUUCAGCAGAGAGGAGAUCCAAGCAUACCAGAGCAAAACAGUGGAUGAGAUGUGGCAGCACUGUGCUAUCCGUUUGACUGAUGCUGUGCAGUAUGUGGUGGAGUUUGCGAAACACAUCCCAGGUUUUCGUAUUCUCAGUCAGAAUGACCAGAUUGCCCUCUUGAAGACCGGCUCCAUGGAGGUGGUUCUGGUCAGGAUGUGCCGCUUUUUUAACACAGAGAACAACACUGUGUUCUUUGAUGGUAAAUUUGCCGGAACUGAAGUCUUCAAGUCGUUGGCAUGUGGGGAUUUGAUCGCGGCAGUAUUUGACUUUGCACAUGGAAUGUGUGCUCUAAAGCUCACUGAACAGCAGAUCGCGCUCUUCAGCGCUCUGGUGCUGAUCAACUCAGAUCGCCCCUGUCUGGAAGACCGAAGCAGAGUUCAGCAAGUGCAAAGAAACGUGGAAUUAGGACUCAGACACAUUUUACACAGAGACAACCAAGAACGGCUGAUGCAUAAGCUGUACCAGAAGAUGGCAGUGCUGCGUUCGCUGUGCAGCCUUCACAUGGAGAAGCUGCACUGGUUCAGUCAGCGAUACCCGCUUACUGCUCACUCUCUGUUUCCUCCACUCUACAAGGAGCUGUUUGCGUCUGAAGCAGAGCUACUGCCAGGGACCCUUCACUGAAGACAAGAAGAAGAAUCAGCAGCACGCAAAAAUACAAAAAUCUAUGCAUAACUUCAACACAAAAUAUAGUUUCCUAAUAAAAAAAGAGAGAAGCACCGUAAUUGUUGGACAACAAGUAUUACAUGUCUUCCAGCUGAGCUGUUUUUUUGUAGAAUAUGUCGAAUUUGAAUAUUUUGAUGGCUUGAAAGUGUUUUGAUUAUCCCAGGGAAACAGGCAUUUUGAUUUUCAGUGAGAACACAUUGUCAGUGGAGUACAGGAAUUAUUUUCUCUCAGGAUGUGCAUUUAUGAUUCUCACCAGUUGUAGCUACUGUCUGUCACAGCUCGUUCAUACAUGGAGUUUCAAAGAGGCAGGGUGUUGGUUAUUGACAACUGAAGCUUAAAUUGACCCCACCUUUUGACCGCCUUUUCAACUGCUGCUGUUUCUUUGCAAAGCAAGCACGGCCAAAAAACGAGAGUAAUAAAAUAAAUAAAUAUAUAUAUAAGGAUAUACUGUACGGUAGCAUACUGUUGUCAACCCUAAUCUCACUGCUGAGGUGCUUUUUAAGUUAUUUUGCACUAAUGAGAUCUUGCUCUAUUCACUGUUUCUUUUAAAACUGUUUUGACAGCAGCCUUGCUUAGCAACCUCAGCAAACUGACUGUCGGGUCAGAACAUGUCAGUGACACCCAGCCUGCCUCUUUGUUUCUGUGUCUUUAGAGAAGUAUUUCUCCUCAGUCUGAUGAUUGAGAUUGAGCAAUAAAUCAAACAGGGAAGCAGUACCACAUAUUUUCCUUUGCUCAGAUAAACCCAUACAGGCUUUUAUAUCUUUUGAGCUUUUAAAGGAUGUUGCAUUAAACUUUAUGUAGAAAUCUCUUUCUGUUAAAAUGUUCAAAUACAAUAGAAUAUGUUCCUUUAUGUGUUUUCCCCCCCUUUACCCUCAAAUUAAUUUGCUUUGUUUCAUCUAAAUAUCAUUAAAUAAAGUUCAAGGCUUAAAGCUGAAAAGUUUCAGUGUUAAGAUGUAGUCCUCUGUAAUUGGAACAAAUGAGAUGUUCAUGAACCUAAUUUCAUGUAAACAUUCUAAUAAAUGAAUGACGCGGUGACACCAAACACAUAUUGCAGGAUUAUUUGAGUAUUUUUAGAAAGAGUGUAAUGAAAACAAUUUUAUAAGGGUGAAACAAGCAGGAAAGAAUAUCCUGCAUCAGUAUGCUCUGGGAAAAAAAACAUGUUUUUCUUCUAUGCAACGUUGAAGAGUAUUUGGUAAAUUCGCAGUUAAAGCAAUUGCCACAUAGGAAAUAUUAGUCAUUGUGGGUGCAAUUGGUUGUUGCCUGGAAGAAUCACAAUGUGAUAAACAAAGCAGUUGCUGCAGUUAAUAUAGCCCCAGGAAUCCCACUGAGAGUUAGAAAGCACACAAUCCCAAAGAAGAAUACAGCUCUAUCAAAAGAUAAUAUAUCGCUUUGUGUCUUGAGAUAUGAAAAUGCACUUCUGAUUACUUCUCUUUCUAAACAACUUUCAUUUGCAGUGGUUUUUAGUCUUGUGUCUCAGUUUCUUUCAUGUCAGGUAGAUAUUUCUUGCACCACUGAUUUCCUUCUGCUUAGCACAAUCCAGCUUUACUGUAAUUUCCUUCCAUUUUGCCAAGUCAUCUUUUCAGUUGUGGAUCUUCAAAGUCCACUGAGACACUGUGGCUGCACUUGACUUCAUAACUAUUGCACAUGCACUAUUUUAACCAGAAAAAUGUUUUUUAGUAGCAUUACAGCCUGACAGUAAGGAAAAAAUGUUACAUUUGAUGUUCUAAACCUUGCUGACCACCAGAGUAUUGCGAUGAGGGUAUUUCCUGCUUACUGGGAGUUGUUUGUCAUUUUUUUACUCCCCUAAGAGUAAACUCUCAGAGGAAUGUCAUCACAGUUAUACAACUUCUUGACCCACAAAGCUCACCAGCCCCAAGCCAAACCUUUGAUGCUGAUGUGUUUUUAUGAUGGGAAAAAGCUGUGGGCAGAAAAGCAAAAGGAAGAUAAUCCUCCCAUUUUAAUCUGUGGCCUGUAGAAAGUAAAUGAAGACUCAUUAAACUAGACUUGACAACUGCAUGGGAUUUUUUUUUCUGUGGUCUUUUCUU